AUGCGCGGUCGCCUUUGUGUAGGUCGAGCGGUGGCGGCGGUAGCAGUGGCGGCGGUAGCAGUGGCGGCAGUGGCUAUCCCACUGGCAGACGGGCUAGACGGGAGUCCGGGAGACGUCCGGGGUGAGUGCUGCGGGACCACCAUGGUUAAGAAGCGGAAAGGCCGCGUCGUGAUCGACUCGGAUACUGAAGACAGCGGCAGCGACGAGAACCUAGAUCAGGAGCUCUUGUCCUUGGCAAAACGGAAGCGCAGUGACUCGGAAGAGAAGGAGCCACCUGUGAGUCAGCCUGCAGCCUCCUCAGACUCUGAGACAUCCGACAGUGAUGAUGAGUGGACAUUUGGAAGCAAUAAAAAUAAGAAAAAAGGAAAAGCCAGAAAAAUAGAAAAGAAAGGAACCAUGAAGAAACAGGCCAACAAAACUGCCUCUUCAGGCAGUUCUGACAAAGACAGCUCAGCCGAGAGCUCAGCCCCCGAGGAAGGUGAAGUAUCAGAUUCUGACAGCAAUAGCUCCUCCUCCAGCUCAGAUUCAGACUCUUCCUCCGAAGAUGAGGAAUUCCAUGAUGGCUAUGGAGAGGACCUAAUGGGUGAUGAGGAAGACAGGGCCCGCCUGGAACAAAUGACAGAGAAGGAGAGAGAGCAGGAACUGUUCAACCGCAUAGAAAAGAGGGAGGUGUUGAAAAGAAGAUUUGAAAUCAAGAAAAAACUAAAAACAGCCAAAAAGAAAGAGAAGAAGGAGAAAAAGAAAAAGCAAGAAGAGGAGCAAGAAAAGAAAAAGCUAAACCAGAUUCAGGAAUCUCAGGUAACAUCCCACAACAAGGAACGGCGUUCUAAACGGGAUGAGAAACUAGAUAAGAAAUCUCAAGCCAUGGAGGAGCUGAAAGCAGAAAGAGAAAAACGGAAGAACAGAACAGCUGAGCUCCUUGCCAAAAAGCAGCCAUUAAAAACCAGUGAAGUAUAUUCUGAUGAUGAGGAAGAAGAGGAGGAUGACAAAUCCAGUGAAAAGUCAGAUCACUCUUCCCGAACAUCAUCAUCUGAUGAAGAAGAAGAGAAAGAAGAAAUCCCACCAAAAUCACAACCAGUCUCCUUACCUGAAGAAUUAAAUCGAGUUCGGUUGUCACGGCAUAAGCUGGAACGCUGGUGUCACAUGCCCUUCUUUGCUAAGACCGUCACAGGGUGUUUUGUACGAAUUGGCAUUGGAAACCACAACAGCAAACCAGUGUACAGGGUAGCUGAGAUCACGGGUGUUGUGGAAACUGCCAAAGUUUACCAGCUGGGUGGCACCAGAACAAACAAAGGGCUGCAGCUACGGCAUGGAAAUGACCAACGAGUGUUCCGCCUAGAGUUUGUCUCAAACCAGGAAUUCACUGAAAGCGAAUUCAUGAAGUGGAAAGAAGCAAUGUUCUCGGCUGGCAUGCAGUUGCCCACUCUAGAUGAAAUCAAUAAGAAGGAAUUGUCGAUUAAAGAAGCUCUUAAUUAUAAAUUCAAUGACCAGGACAUUGAAGAGAUUGUAAAAGAAAAAGAAAGGUUCAGAAAAGCUCCUCCCAACUAUGCUAUGAAGAAGACUCAACUGCUAAAAGAAAAGGCUAUGGCUGAGGACCUUGGGGAUCAGGACAAAGCCAAACAAAUUCAGGACCAGCUGAAUGAGCUGGAGGAACGUGCAGAAGCCCUGGACCGCCAGCGGACCAAGAAUAUAUCUGCCAUCAGUUACAUCAACCAGCGUAACCGAGAGUGGAACAUUGUAGAGUCUGAGAAGGCCCUUGUGGCUGAGAGUCACAACAUGAAAAACCAACAGAUGGAUCCCUUUACCAGGCGGCAGUGCAAACCUACCAUCGUUUCUAACUCCAGAGACCCAGCUGUUCAAGCUGCCAUCUUAGCCCAGCUGAAUGCAAAAUAUGGUUCUGGAGUGCUACCAGAUGCUCCAAAGGAAAUGAACAAGGGUCAGGGAAAAGAUAAAGAUUUGAAUUCUAAGUCAGCCAGUGACCUCUCAGAAGACUUGUUCAAAGUACAUGAUUUUGAUGUAAAGAUUGAUUUACAAGUUCCCAGCUCAGAGUCAAAGGCUUUGGCCAUCACCUCUAAAGCACCGCCAGCCAAGGAUGGGGCUCCAAGGAGAUCUCUGAACUUGGAAGAUUACAAAAAACGACGGGGGCUUAUUUGAGCACAUCCAGCCUGCUGCUUCUGACCCUGCAUGCCCCAUCACAGCUCCCUCCCAGCUCUCUUUUCAUUUGCCCUUUUUGGGCUGAAGCAGCAGAAGAACUGGGAAAGAGACUCUAAACCGCCGGUCACCUGUAAUAUAAACCAUUUCCUGU